AUGUCUACAAACAGAAAGAGCCACACUUCGUUGAUGUUUGUUUUGGUAUUAGUGAUUGGCAUUAUUCUGCUGAUAACUGGAAUCUCAAUCUGGUCGGCCACCAUAGCAACAUGGAUGACACUAGAAAACAAUAUAAGCAUGACAGCACAUGUUGAUACGGGUAAUACAGGUAAUACAGGGAUUCUAAAAGGAUUCACAUAUCCACGACCAACUAGACCAGCGACCUCUGAUCCACAAAGGUAUAAACACGCUGCUGUGACAUCUGAUGUGGAUGAAUGUUCAACGGUGGGUCGAAACAUAUUGAAGAAAGGUGGUAAUGCUGUUGAUGCUGCCAUCGCUACAACCUUUUGUAUGGGUGUUGUUAAACCCCAACUAACUGGGGUUGGUGGUGGUUUGUUCAUGUUACUAAGGGACUCAAAAAGCGGCGUUGUGAAAGCAAUAGAUGGUAGAGAGACUGCACCGCUUCUAGCAAAUAAAACGAUGUUCGUUGGGAGGAUGGACGAUUCGAAAUUAGGUCCAUUGUCGAUAGCAGUACCAAGCCUUGUACGAGGGCUAUGGACAGCAUUUACAAAGUUCGGAUCUGAGCAAGUGAAAUGGUUUGACCUCCUGACACCGUCCAUAAAACUAUGCAAAGAAGGUAUCGUCGUUACAGACGAAUUGGAAAAAGAUAUAGGAUUUGUCAUUGAAUUGAUUCAAAAUGCUAGAAAAGAAUAUCCACAGGUAGCACCUUUUCAUAACAAAGCUGAAGGAAGACCUUAUAAAGCAAGAGACAUAAUGUUUAGACCAAAAUAUGGAGCAACUUUACAGCAAAUAGCUACUGACCCAUUAAGCUUGGAUAGAACAAUUGCAAACGAAAUCCAGAAAAUGGGUGGAAUUAUAACAGAGCAAGAUUUGAAAAGCUACAAUGCCAUUGUAAAAGAUCCAUUGGUGACACAUCUCGAAAAUGGAGAUCUCAGUGUGUAUGGUAUCCCUCCACCAUCAAGUAGUGCCGUCUUGCAAUAUAUACUGAAUAUUUUAGAUGGAUAUAACUUUAACAGCACCGACUGCUCUAAAAUUGACUUUGAAAGUGACUCUAGAUCUGUUACUUGUCAUCAUCGUCUCAUAGAGAGUUUUAAAUGGGCAUAUGCAAAACGAGCCAAAUUAGGCGAUGAGGAAUAUGUUGACCAAAAAUAUAUUCUUCGUGAAAUGCUGUCUCAGACAACUGCCGCACAAACCAGAGCUAGGAUAUUCGAUGACAAGACCUUUCAUCCUUCGUACUAUGGAGAAACAUUCUAUGACAGACUCACUAAAGGAACUGUUCAUACUUCUAUAGUUGAUGAAAAUGGUGGCAUAGCAGCCUUCACCUCAUCCCUCAAUUUUCCAUUUGGCUCUGGCUUAGUGGGAAAUACGACUGGGAUUGUUUACAAUAACGAGAUGGACGACUUCUCUACUCCUUUCACAAAGAAUUUACAUGGCUUUGUUGCAUCUCCUGCCAAUUUUAUAAAACCUGGAAAACGCCCAUUAUCGUCGAUGGUACCAGUGAUCAUUUUGAAUUCUACUACUAACAAAGUUAAACUUGUGCUAGGUGGUAUUGGGGGAUCUAGAAUACCUACAUCCACAGCAUAUGUGGCCGUCCGGCAUUUAUGGCUUGGUGAAGAUAUACAAACUGCCAUAUAUAACCCAAGAUUACACCAUCAGCUUCUGCCGAACACAAUCAUUCAAUUCGGUGAUUUUCCAAAAAAUAUCUUACGAGGUUUAUCCAGUAUCGGUCAUAGCAUAAGAAAGGAGUAUGAUUUUAUGGGCAUGAUACAAGGUAUAGCUAUGAUAAAUGGCACUUUAGAAGCAGCGUGUGACUAUAGAAGGAUUUGUGGAACAGAUGGAUAUUAAUAAGUAAAUGUCCCAUAUCUUGUUUACUGAGAUGACAGGAUGUGAUGAUUUAUAGUUGUAAAUAGCUAGAUUUCUAAGGAUAGAUCAUCCAACAAGUACAUAUACGCAUCAUGAUAAACCAUGACAUCUCAUUUCUUCUCAGCCAUGGGGUGUUUCAGGUGAAACAGAAAGAUGCUAUGAGUAUCAGAAUGACAUAUACGUAUAAUCUACCAAAAGUGUAUAAUCUGCGUCUGUGUCACAAUUGCUUCGAGGUUUUGCUUUAAAUGUCCUCUAACGAUUGAAAACUUUAUAUAAAAGAUAGAUAUCGUAUUUACACAUUUCUUUUAUUCACAUAUAACGAAGCAUCUAUUAAAGCAUGUGUUCAAAAUAUUAUCGCUAUUUUUAAUAAAAUAUAUUUGAAAUGUU